AUUUUCUCAAACCAUUUUACAUUUUUUAUGGGAUGACUAGCCGAAUGCAACCAAAAAGCGGAGUUUACUCGGUUAGCAAAGCGGAUUUCACAAAGAUUUUCGAAGAUGUCCCAAAAGUGCCCAUCACUUCUGCCGUGGACCUUCGUAAUAAAUUCGAUGCAGUUCGAAUUAUUUUAUCAAAUAGUUCCGAAGACUGGAAUAAACGACAAACUCAAUUAAAAACUGUCCGAAGUCUAGUGAUUCAUGGGGAGAAAGUUGUCGAUCGACCAACAAUGAUUGCUCAUCUUGUUCAACUUCUUGGUUGUUUCGAGUUGGCAGUGAAGGAUCUUCGAUCACAAGUUUUACGAGAAGCCGCAAUAACAUGCAGUUUCAUUGUUAGUAAAUAUGGAAUCGAGACUCAUUCAAUUGGAGAGGAUAUUCUCGUUCCAGCAAUGUCACAAGUUGCUGUUAGCACGAAGAUUAUGGCCACUUCAGCGAGCACAUUGACAGAAUUUAUUGUAGAAUAUGUACAAACCCGUCAAGUGUUCACAAUUCUCUCUUCGUUCUCAACAUCCAAGGACAAAUCUCAAAGAAGACAGCUGGCUGCUCUUCUAGAAAUUGUUAUCAGUAAAUGGAGUGAUAGAAUCAAAAAGCAAAUAAUGCGUCAAAUCUGCGAGCUCAUAAAAUCAGCAAUCAAUGAUGCUGACUCGGAGACAAGAGCAGCUGGUAGAAGAGCAUUUGCAAAACUUGACGAAAUGCAUUCCGAAGAAGCUGAUGCUUUGUAUCUAGAACUCGAUCAUUCCAAACAGAAAAUGCUUAGAGGGGGAGAUGCAGCGUCUUCAUGGGCAAGUGUGAAUAGUGAAAAGGGCUCAAUACCAAUUCGUUCGAAAUUAUCAGCUGGAUCGAAAGCUCAUAUGAAUAUCAGUGCGAAAUUUCUCGCGCAAAGAAGUGCGUCUGCAAUUGAUCCAAAAGCUACAAAGUUUGCUGGACCUAGUCGACUGGUUCGUCCGACUUCUACAAAAACAAUGGCAAGGCAAGAUACUUCACCAGCUGGAUGUAAGUAUUCUAAUUUUAUAUCUAUGUUUUUCAAAACUCUCUUGCUUUCCGCCAAAAUUCCAUAUCCAAACCGGCCCGGAUCUAGAACAAGAACAUCUUCAAUUACUUCCACCGACUCUCGUGACACAUCUCCAACCAGAAGGAAUUCUCCAUUACCACCAGAAACACAGAAAGCUAGAGUCAAAUAUGGAAACGGGUCUUUCUUUGCAAAACUUGGAAUGCCGGAUACUACCGACGAUGAUGAGUUUUUACUACCGAUUCGAAUAAGAUCUCCCUUGAAAACACCGACAAUAGAAGCACACGACAAGGUUUCCCAAGUUUUGAAAGAAUGUUGCUCUUCUUCAGUUUCGGAGAAAAAGGAAGGAAUCAAGAAACUGUUGCCUAUUGUAGCUGACACUAGUCUAAACCCAAUUGAGAUCAAAAACAUUGGAAAUUGUCUAAAUCGGUUGCUUUCGGAUGCUUCAAAUACCAUGGUUCUUGAGAUCUACUCUAUAUUCGUUCGAACCCAUAGUAGUCGAUUAUCCGAAUGGCUUCGAUUAGCUCUUGCAAAAUUGUUUGCUCGGAAAGCCGCUGAAACUCUGCCCAACACUAAAAAACAAAUUGGUCAUACUUUGAACGUCAUCCUUGAAUGCUUCAAUGCUCAUCACCAACUUGUCACAGUCUGCGAGCUAAUGUGCGAUCCGAUACAUUUGAUGGUUCCAAAGGCUCGUGUUGUACUGCUGGAGUAUUUGACAAGUCUGCUAGAUGAGUAUACGGAACCUGGAGCAUCCAUUAAUGCUAAAGAAUUGAAGACCGCAAUCCGAAAAAUGCUCACAUGGGCCUCUGAUCCUAGACUGUCAAUUCUACUAACACCACAUGUUGAGAAAGCGAUUUGCUCCAUGUUUUGUGUUAAUGUCGCUGAUUUCUCUGCACUAAUUAGCGAUCUUGACAGUGAGCAGAAGAACUGGAUACACCAAACACUUCAGAGAAAUGGACUCGAAAAUGGAAUAAGUAGCAACAACAUCGCAACCAACUCUGGAGCAACGGCUUCUCGUGAAACAAGCAACACUUCUUUCCAAAAAGAGUCAACAUCAUUCGGUCUACCCGAGUUUGGAGCACGAAAAGGCGGAACUGGCGUCAAUCUCGGCUCGCUCAAUAUCUCUAACAAUCUGGCAUUGAGUAGGCUAGAAGAGCAAUCAACGUCAAGGCUCAUGGAGAAAGUUAAUCUAAACUCCACUGUCACACUCCCACCUGAUACACUGGAAAAAAUCCAGAACGUUCAAGACCUCCUACAAAAGAUGAGAAGCUCUGAAAACGCGGAUGAGCAAGAAAGUGCAAUAAGCUCUAUUUACAUGAUGAUCUGCGAUGGAGGUUUCGGUGUGUGGGAGCAGUGUUAUGCAAAACUUCUUCUCAACUUAUUCGAAAUUCUUUCAAAAAGUCGAUCAGAAAAUAAUAAGAAAAUGUGCCUACGAAUUCUCGGGAAGAUGUGCACCGCGCAAGCUGCAAAACUGUUUGAUUCGACUGAAAUGGCAGUGUGCAAAGUUCUGGAUGCAGCUGUAAAUACGAACGACGCAACAACGGCUCUUGCUGUGGAAGAUUGUUUGAGAACAUUGGCAACUCAUCUACCACUUUCAAAUAUUAUUAAUAUUGCAAAAGUUAUUCUAAAUCAAGAACCUAUCGACGAUGAAAGAGCUUCUCUAGUUCUUAAAAUGGUAACACGAUUAUUUGAGGAACUUCCAGCAGAGGAGUUGAAUAAUAUUGUAGAUGAUAUCACUCCAACGAUUAUUAAAGCGUAUCAAUCUACGUCAUCAACUGUUAGGAAGACCGUCGUCUAUUGUCUUGUCGCCAUGGUAAAUCGAGUUGGCGAGCAAAGGAUGACACCACAUUUCACCAAGCUGCCAAAAGCAAUGACCAAUCUCAUACAAGUCUACGUCAACAGGGCGAUCUCAACAAGUUUACCAAGGCUAUAAUUUCAAAUUUAACUGUUUCUAGAUCUCAAAUUGACAUGAUGCAUCAAAACGGGUAAAACUCGCAUUUGUUUUCAAUAUUUAAUACUUGUUUGGUUUCCAGCUUUCAAAUUUAAAUAAAAUUUCAAA